CUCAGGUUCUUACACAAUGUCAGAGGCGCCUUCACUCCCCUCUCCGUCUAAUGAACAGGCGUACAUGUACGUAUCUGCCCUUGAAGCCGGACAUUUGAGUGUCCCUUGGGAUUUAAUUGUGGCUGGUGAUCGACCGGACGAACCGAUGGUUUGCCCCUCACUUGCAUUCUUGUUGCGUCACUCGAAGAGCAAUAAGCGAAUCGUUUUCGACCUAGGAAUUCACAGAGACAUAAAAGAAUUUGCGCCUGCUGCAACAGAGCAAUUCUUGCCUGACGUGACGCAGACGGUGGCAGAGUCUCUGGAGUCUGGUGGUGUUGCCCCUUCAUCCGUUGACUUGGUAGUCCUAAGUCACCUCCAUUGGGAUCACGUCGGAGAUCCCUCCCCAUUUACAACUGCCGAGUUUAUCCUCGGGGAAGGAUCGAAGAAAGCUUUAGGUCUAGAGGCUGGUUCCUCCAUCAAUCCUACAUUCUUUUCAUCCAUUCGUCUACCAGAAGACCGUCUACGCUUCAUCACAGCUUCCGACCUUAACAUGGCAAUCGGUCCCUACCCGCGUGCAAUGGACUUUUUCGGCGAUGGCAGCAUGUAUAUCAUUGAUGCACCAGGGCACGUUGACGAGCAUAUCAAUAUCCUCGCGCGUACAUCUACAGACGGUGCUUGGAUCUUACUAGGCGGAGAUUCAGCUCAUCACCCUGAUCUGAUCACUGGAAAGAUGCAAGUUGCAUACCGUGUCGAUGUGGAUGGCGCAGUGACAUGUGUCCACGACUACAAGGAAGUCGCAGAGGAGAACAUCCAUCGAAUGAGGUCGUUAUUAGAGGUCCCGAGGGUGCAAGUCUUGAUUGCACAUGAUAUGGUCUGGUAUGGAGAAAACAAGGGUAAAGAGGUGUUCUUACCGCACACAAUACCAGCGCUCGUGCAAUGAUGAAUGCAAACAUCAUGUAUUUAUUCAAACACAGGACGAGUGGCUGCAGACAUUCUCCCCUAUGUACAACAUGGUAUACAUUUAACCCACUACUACAGCUUCACUCAACACAAUAAAAUCUUAACCGAACAUUGCCACUUUGAUCAAUGAGUGCUAUAAGAGAUAUCCUAAAGCCUUUGAGCAGCCCUAGGGCCUGCUCUUCGGCUUCAGCAGCUUUAUUGCACCGUGAGAGGUGCCUCCUAAAUACCCAAAACAUCGCAAUAGACAUGGUGCUUGUUAAGAUGCACAUGGCAUAUGAGUUUGCGUAUGAAGGCCCCCAACGGGACGGCCAAAAGUAC